AUGGAUUCCAUUUUAGGAAAAGACCUUACUAAUAAUACUAUUGCACGUUAAUUUAAAUUAAUCAAGAAAAUUGGAUCAGGAGCAUUUGGAGAAAUAUAUUUAGUCUAAUCAUAAUCUAAAUCUGAAUAUGCCAUGAAACUGGAAAGAAGUGAUAACAAACACCCUUAAAUAUUCUUUGAAGCUAAAUUAUACAAUUACCUUUAAGGAUAAGAUUAGUAUGAUAAAGGUAAGUUUAUUAUAUAAUUCGAAGGAAGGCAUUCCAAAAAUUCAUGAUUAAGGAGUGGACGGUGAUUAUAAUUACAUCGUCAUGGAUCUCUUAGGACCAUCCCUUGAAGAAUUAUUUAAUAAACAUCAUAGGAAACUAUCACUAAAAUCAGUUCUAAUGCUGGCAGAUUAGUUAAUUUAAAGAAUUGAGUACAUUCAUUCAAAAUAAUUUAUACAUCGCGAUAUUAAACCAGAUAAUUUCUUAGUAGGAGUUGACAGUAAGAGUUCAAGACUUUAUAUUGUUGAUUUUGGUUUGGCAAAAAGGUAUAUAACCAAAGAAGGACACAUUCCUUAUAAAGAAGGGAAAAGUUUAACUGGAACUGCCAGAUAUGCAUCUAUUAAUACACAUGUUGGUUUAGAAUAAUCUAGAAGAGAUGAUCUAGAAUCACUUGGUUAUGUCUUAAUGUAUUUAUUAAGAGGACAAUUACCAUGGUAAAAUAUGAAAGCCUUCAAUUAAAAGGAGAAAUAUUAAAAAAUUAUGGAAAAAAAGCAAGAAACAACUCCUGAAUAAUUGUGUAAAGGAUUUCCAAAUGAAUUGACUCAAUAUUUAUAAUAUUGUAGAAAUUUGAAAUUUGAAGACAAACCAGAUUAUAAUUAUAUUAGAAAUCUAUUUAAAGUAUUAUUUAUAAUUAUUACUUAUAGGAAGCUUUUAGAAAGUAAGGUUAUGAAUGGGAUUAUAAAUUUGAAUGGAUUAAAGAUGAAAUUCUAAAAGAAGAUAAAUUCAUGGGAUCAGCCAUACCAUAAAGAACAGUAGAAAUACCCACAACAACAAAACUAAGUAAUUUUUAAACAAUUAGAGCUCCUCUACUUAUAUAAUAUUAAUCUAAAUUAUCUUAAUAGGCAUCUUAAGAGAAAAAACGUAAUUCUUCUUAUAGUAAGAAUAAUAAUUUGAAUAAAUAAAUGACUGGACUACUUGCACCUAAAAUAAAUACAAAUAAAGAUAGAACUAGAAAAUAUUGA